CGCGGCUACAGGAAGUGCGUGGCCGCCCGGGGCCAUGGCGGCGCUUGCCGUCGUCUUCCUGCUGCUCUGGGCGGCUUCCUGGCCGUCGGCCUCGGCCUCCGGCGACGAGUUCUGGCCUGGCCAGUCGGCAGCCGACAUCCUGUCGGGGGCGGCGUCCCGCAGACGGUACCUUCUGUACGAUGUCAAUCCCCCCGAGGGCUUCAACCUUCGUAGAGAUGUCUACAUCCGCAUCGCCUCCCUCCUGAAGACUCUGCUGAAGACGGAGGAGUGGGUGCUGGUGCUGCCCCCCUGGGGCCGCCUCUACCACUGGCAGAGCCCCGACAUUCACCAGGUCCGGAUUCCCUGGUCCGACUUCUUUGACCUUCCAAGUCUCAACAGAAACAUCCCCGUCAUUGAGUAUGAGCAGUUCAUCGCAGAGUCUGGCGGGCCCUUCAUCGACCAGGUCUAUGUCCUGCAAGGGUAUGCGGAAGGCUGGAAGGAGGGGGCCUGGGAGGAGAAGAUUGACAGCCGGCCCUGCAUCGAGCCGCCACUGUACUCUCAGGACAAGCACGAGUAUUACAGAGGAUGGUUUUGGGGUUACGAAGAGACGAGGGGUUUAAACGUUUCCUGUCUGUCUGUCCAGGGAUCGGCCUCCAUCAUCGCGCCUGUGCUAUUGAGAAAUACGUCUGCACGGUCUGUGAUGUUGGACCGAGCUGAGAACCUCCUCCACGACCACUACGGUGGGAAGGAGUACUGGGACACCCGGCGCAGCAUGGUGUUCGCCAGGCACCUGCGGGCGGUGGGGGAUGAGUUCAGGAGCAGGUACCUCAACUCCACGGACGUGGCUGAUGGAAUCCCCUUCGAGGAGGACUGGACCCGGAUGAAGAGCUGGAGGAGUUGCGGAGGCUGCUUCCUGAGAUGGUGCGGUUCGAGCCCACGUGGGAGGAACUGGAGCUCUACAAGGACGGGGGCGUGGCCAUCGUGGACCAGUGGAUCUGCGCGCACGCCCGGUUUUUUAUUGGCACAUCGGUCUCCACGUUCUCCUUUCGAAUUCACGAGGAGAGGGAGAUCCUGGGCUUGGACCCCAAGACAACAUACAACCGGUUCUGCGGGGAUGAGGAGAAGGCGUGUGAGCAGCCCACUCACUGGAGGAUUGCGUACUGAGCCCCCGCGGCUGCCCGAGGACACGUGUCCCCUCCCGGAUCUCAGGCUGGGGACCCCGCAGAGCUGCACUGUGUGCAUCCUCGGCCAGGGUGUCUUUGUGAGCCGGUGCCUCUGCGUCCCCAGGACUUGGGUUGCUUUCACUUGGGAUCCAUCCGGAGGCAGGCGUCUGCAGGCAGCAAGGCCCCCAGUGAUGCCGCGGAGGUUCCGGCUUACCCUUACUGACCUUGGCCUGCGGGGUUUCCAGCAGUGUUGGCAGGCCUGGUACCUGGGCUGCUCCAGCCCUGGGCCAGUGGACGCGAUGCUGACCCUGCCUGUGCCCCAGAGCAGUGCCCUUGGCCCUGCGCUCCUCCCCACAGAACCCUGUGCCAGCUGGACGGCAGGCGGACCUCACCUCACCAGGGCUGGGCUGAGGCUUGUGGGGCUGUGAUCCCCACCCCUCACCUCCGCCUGAAUCAGAGCACCAGAACAGUGUUCAGGACGGCUGGUGCUCUGUGCUUGUGUUGGGGGGCGGGGGAAGCCCUUCCGUGGUUGUCUGCAGGGUCCUUCCAGCCAGUGUGGUCCAAUGGCCACAGCAACAUGCUGAACAGCCGGAUGCUCGUCCUUGAAGCCUCUGUGCCCCCGCCCCCCUGCCUUGAGGGCAAAGAGAGCAGGCUAGAGGAGCAGGGUCACUCCAGCCCCAGACCAGGUGCCCAACUUCCCCAACACGUGGGGUGACUGCUGAUGUGGGUGUGGGGAGCCAUGUGGAGUUUGGGGGUGGGGUAUCCAGAGCCCUGACCUUCCUGCGUCUCCUUCAGGGUCCUAGGUGAGUCCUAGGUCCUAGGUCACUCUCGGUCGUGCAGGGUGAAGUGACAAGAUAUUUAUUCUUUCUCCAUUUGUAUAUCAAAUGUUAAUAAAAUACAUUUUCUAAAAGC